ACGGAAUUAUCCCAAGUGUUGCAGUCACUUUCCGAACGCGCUCGAGCUGGAACGCAGCAUAUUCAACAACUGCGAACCAUUUCAGAGACGGUCCUGAAAUCGGCGAAGCGAGCUGAAGACGACGCCACAGUGAAAUUCGAUUGUCUAAUGCAGACUAUAGAGGCGAAGAAAUCAGAGCUUAUUUCAGCCAUAAAAGAGGAGAGAGAUAGGAAAAUCAACGCAUUGAAGGAGCAGAUCCAUCAGUGUACUUCCAAGCUGACACGGUCGACGGGCCUCAUUCAGUUCUGCAUUGAGAUGCUCAAGGAGAACGAUGCCCUUUCCUUCCUUCUUGUAUCACAGUCCCUGAUACACCGUGCACUCCACACAGAACAGUCCUUCCUGCAUGCUAUCGAAACCCCUCCUGCUGUAAUCCAGUAUCGACCGCGGGUGCAAGCGUCAGGAACUUCCAGCCAAUCCCAACCAUCAACACCAGCACAUUGGGUGAAAGGACGAUCCUCAACAUUUGCCCACUCAAGUUUCGUCUCCUUAAUGCAGUUGGAUGCCAUUCAUAAUGUGAUCAGUGAUCUCUCUUUGCACGAAGGACUUGCCGGAGAGCUGAAGCUAAUCAAGCUGUAA